AUGGGUGCCAGGCAUUUGAAAACAGCCGCCUCUGUAGCUAAUACUACCAUUAAUCAGAAAGUUUCUGACAUAGUGCAAAAUGUUAUCGCAGAUAUCAGGACCAACGGUGACAAGGCGGUGCGCUCGUACUCGGAGAAGUUCGACAAGUGGACACCCGAAUCCUUCAAGCUAUCUGAGGCUCAAAUCCAAGACAUCAUUAGCAAAGUUCCGGCGCAGACAAUCGCCGACAUCAAAGAGGCACAGAAGAAUGUGAGGACAUUUGCGGAAGCACAGAGGGCUAGUAUCACGGACUUUGAGGUCGAAAUACAGCCAGGCGUUUUCCUCGGACAUCGUUCAAAUCCGAUCAAUGUGGCCGGCGCUUACAUACCCGGAGGUCGAUACCCACUUCUGGCAUCUGCGCAUAUGACCAUCAUCACUGCCAAGGUUGCUGGCGUCAAGCACGUCAUUGCCUGCACGCCUCCCAUCGCAGGCCAGAUCCCCCAUGCUACCGUCGCUGCCGCGCAUCUGGCAGGUGCAGACGAGAUUUUCCUGCUUGGUGGCACGCAAGCAAUCGCCGCCAUGGCCCUGGGUACCGAGACCGUCCGUAAAGUGGACUUUAUCGCCGGUCCCGGCAACGCCUUUGUAGCUGAGGCUAAACGGCAGCUCUUUGGUGAGAUUGGCAUCGAUCUGCUCGCAGGACCUACGGAAGUAUUGAUCGUGGCGGACGAGCAUGCCGACCCUUUCACAAUUGCCACAGACCUGCUAUCACAGGCGGAACAUGGGCCGGACUCACCAGCCGUGCUUAUCACCACAAGUGAAGAUGUUGGUAACAAGACGAUCCGGUUUUUGGAUGAAAUAUUGAAGAAGAUGCCGACCGCAGACCUGGCGGGAACCUCAUGGCGAGAAUUCGGCGAAGUCAUCGUGGUGGACGACCUGGAUGAAGCGUAUAAGUUGGCGGAUAUUUAUUGCAGCGAACACGUUCAGAUCUUUACGGAGGAACCGCGCGCAGCACUUGGGAAAAUGCGGAACUACGGCGCAUUAUUCCUGGGUGAAAAAACCUGCGUCAGUUAUGGUGAUAAGUGUAUUGGCACCAAUCACGUCCUGCCCACCCGUGGCGCUGGGCGUUACACCGGCGGUCUUUGGGUCGGCAAGUAUUUGAAAACCCAGACGUACCAGGAAGUUGUGGAUGAGAAAGCGUCAGGGGAGAUUGGGCGGUUGUGUGGUCGUUGCGCCAGGGCAGAGAACUUCGAAGGCCAUGCUCGUUCAGGCGACCUUCGCGCACACAAGUAUCUUGAUGAUCAGCACGAGUGGAUCAGUGAGGCGAAGGCAUGA